GAAAAGCAAACUCCCUCCAACCUCUUACUUAGGGUCUUUAAGGCAAAGAACUCGCCUCUCCAGAAUCCCCUCAGUCUAUGAUCCCCUGCUAUUCCUCUAUUUUCUUUUCCUCAGACCUGCAGGCUUGAGUCGACCCUGCCCUAGGGGUGACUGCAGGAGAGCAGGAGGAUGGUCAGGCCCCACCAACAACCCCAUUACCCAGUAACAAGAACCUUGACUCUCUCGGUCCCUCUGCAUCAAGACACUCACCCAUUUCCCACCUCAUGCCUGCUAACUUGAAUGAAACCAUCACUGGGAAAGCAUUAAGAGAAUUAAGGCUGGGCACUGUGGCUCAUGCCUGUAAUCCCAGCACUUUGUGAGGCUGAGGCAGGCAGAUAACUUGAGCCCAGGAGUUUGAGACCAGACUGGGCAACAUGGCAAAACCCUGCUCUCCCAAAAAAAUACAAAAAUUAGCUAGGCGUGCUGGUGUGCCUGUAUUCCCAGCUACUUGGGAGGCUGAGGUGGGAGGAUUGCUUGAGCUGGGGAGGCGGAGGCUGCAGGGAGCCCAGAUUGAGCCAUUGCACCCAGCCUGGGUGACAGAGCAAGACCCUGUCUCAAAAAAUGAAUGAAAGGAAGGAAGGAAGAGAGAGAGAGAAGAAAGAAAGAAAGAAAGAAAGAAAGAAAGAAAGAAAGAAAGAAAGAAAGAAAGAAAGAAAGAGACAGGAAAGAGGAAGAAAGAAAAGAAAAAAGAAAAGAAAGAAAAGAAAGCAAAUUUAAAGGCUUAUGCAAAUCAAAGAUGUUGUGAUAAUUGAUAAUUGAGCCUGGGCUAAAUUCCCCCUGGGCUGCAAAGGCAGAGAGUGGUAAUGACUUCUCACCUGCUUUUCUUCUAAGGCUUUUUUACGGGACACAGAGGGAAGGGAGAUGGACUGGAUUCCAAGAUUCCCACAGGGCAAGAUGGGCGAAGACUCCCUGCCACUGCCCGGGGAUAAGUCAGUCUGAGUGAGACGGAGUGGGAUGGGCUCAGAACCUGAACGUGUCAUGGUCUCUUCCUGCACCUUGCCCUAGUGUUCACUUAACCACCUGCUUGCAGGAAUCAAGAAGAGCAGGGCCCACAGCUGGCCAGCUCCCCUCUCCUCCCGCCUGUCUUCCAGAACGAUUCCUUCACCAGCCCUCUUUCCAUUGCUCUAGGAUGCAGAUGUCUCCAGCCCUCGCCUGCCUAAUCCUGGGCCUGGCCCUCGUCUUUGGUGAAGGGUCCACCGUGCACCAUCCCCCAUCCUAUGUAGCGCAGGCCUCCAAGGACCGCAACGUGGUUUUCUCACCCUAUGGGGUGGCCUCGGUGUUGGCCAUGCUCCAGCUGACAACAGGAGGAGAAACCCAGCAGCAGAUCCAAGCGGCCAUGGGAUUCAAGAUUGAUGACAAGGGCAUGGCCCCCGCCCUCCGGCAUCUGUACAAGGAGCUCAUGGGGCCAUGGAACAAGGAUGAGAUCAGCACCACAGACGCGAUCUUCGUCCAGCGGGAUCUGAAGCUGGUCCAGGGCUUCAUGCCCCACUUCUUCAGGCUGUUCCGGAGCACAGUCAAGCAAGUGGACUUUUCAGAGGUGGAGAGAGCCAGAUUCAUCAUCAAUGACUGGGUGAAGACACACACAAAAGGUAUGAUCAGCGACUUGCUUGGGAAAGGAGCCGUGGACCAGCUGACACGGCUGGUGCUGGUAAAUGCCCUCUACUUCAACGGCCAGUGGAAGACUCCCUUCCCCGACUCCAGCACCCACCGCCGCCUCUUCCACAAAUCAGACGGCAGCACUGUCUCUGUGCCCAUGAUGGCUCAGACCAACAAGUUCAACUAUACUGAGUUCACCACGCCCGAUGGCCAUUACUACGACAUCCUGGAACUGCCCUACCACGGGGACACCCUCAGCAUGUUCAUUGCUGCCCCUUAUGAAAAAGAGGUGCCUCUCUCUGCCCUCACCAACAUUCUGAGCGCCCAGCUCAUCAGCCACUGGAAAGGCAACAUGACCAGGCUGCCCCGCCUCCUGGUUCUGCCCAAGUUCUCCCUGGAGACUGAAGUCGACCUCAGGAAGCCCCUAGAGAACCUGGGAAUGACCGAUAUGUUCAGACAGUUUCAGGCGGACUUCACGAGUCUUUCAGACCAAGAGCCUCUCCACGUUGCGCAGGCGCUGCAGAAAGUGAAGAUAGAGGUGAACGAGAGUGGCACGGUGGCCUCCUCAUCCACAGCUGUCAUAGUCUCAGCCCGCAUGGCCCCCGAGGAGAUCGUCAUGGACAGACCCUUCCUCUUUGUGGUCCGGCACAACCCCACAGGAACGGUCCUUUUCGUGGGCCAAGUGAUGGAACCCUGACCCUGGGGAAAGAUGCCUUCAUCUGGGACAAAACUGGAGAUGCAUCGGGAAAGAAGAAACUCCGAAGAAAAGAAUUUUAGUGUUAAUAACUCUUUCUGAAGGAAGAGAAGACAUUUGCCUUUGUUAAAAGAUGGUAAACCAGAUCUGUCUCCAAGACCUCAGCCUCUCCUUGGAGGACCUUUUGGUCAAACUCCCUAGUCUCCACCUGAGACCCUGGGAGAGAAGUUUGAAGCACAACUCCCUUAAGGUCUCCAAGCCAGCGGUGACGCCUGUGGGACCAUCUGGGGCACCUGCUUCCACCCGUCUCUCUGCCCACUCGGGUCUGCAGACCUGGUUCCCACUGAGGCCCUUUGCAGGAUGGAACUACGGGGCUUACAGGAGCUUUUGUGUGCCUGGUAGAAACUAUUUUUGUUCCAGUCACAUUGCCAUCACUCUCGUACUGUCUGCCACUGCGGAGGAGGCCGGUGACAGGCCAAAGGCCAGUGGAAGAAACACCCUUUCAUCUCAGAGUCCAUUAUGGCACUGGCCACCCCUCCUCAGUACAGGGGUGCUGCAGAUGGCAGAGUGAAUGUCCCCCAUCACAUGGCCCAACUCUCCUGGCCUGGCCAUCUCCCUCCCCAGAAACAGUGUGCAUGGAUUAUUUCGGAGUGUAGGUGACGUUUACUCAUUGAAGCAGAUUUCUGCUUCCUUUUAUUUUUAUAGGAAUAGAGGAAGAAAGGUCAGAUGCGUGCCCAGCUCUUCACCCCCCAAUCUCUUGGUGGGGAGGGGUGUACCUAAAUAUUUAUCAUAUCCUUGCCCUUGUGUGCUUGUUAGAGAGAAAGAGAACUACUAAGGAAAAUAAUAUUAUUUAAACUCGCUCCUAGUGUUUCUUUGUGGUCUGUGUCACCGUAUCUCAGGAAGUCCGGCCACUUGACUGGCACACACCCCUCCGGACAUCCAGCGUGACGGAGUCCACACUGCCACCUUGUGGCCGCCCGAGCCCCUCGCGCCCCUCUUGUUCUCGUCUUUUUCCCCUUGAUGGAAAUUGACCAUCCAAUUUCAGCCUCCUUCAGGGGACCAAAAGGACGGAGUGGGGGACAGAGACUCAGACGAGGACAGAGUGGUUUCCAAUGUGUUCAACAGAUUUAGGAGCAGAAAUGCAAGGGGCUGCAUGACCUACCAGGACAGAACUUUCCCCAAUUACAGGGUGACUCACAGCCGCAUCGGUGACUCACUUCAAUGUGUCAUUUCCGGCUGCUGUGUGUGAGCAGUGGACACGUGAGGGGGGGUGGGUGAGAGAGACAGGCAGCUCGGAUUCAACUACCUUAGAUAAUAUUUCUGAAAACCUACCAGCCAGAGGGUAGGGCACAAAGACGGAUGUAAUGCACUUUGGGAGGCCAAGGCGGGAGGAUUGCUUGAGCCCAGGGGUUCAAGACCAGCCUGGGCAACAUACCAAGACCCCCGUCUCUUUAAAAAUAUAUAUUUUUAAAAUAUAUUUAAAUAUAUAUUUCUAAUAUCUUUAAAUAUAUAUAUAUUUUAAAGACCAAUUUAUGGGAGAAUUGCACACAGAUGUGAAAUGAAUGUAAUCUAAUAGAAGCCUAAUCAGCCCACCGUGUUCUCCACUGAAAAAUACUCUUUCUUUGGGGUUUUUCUUUCUUUCUUUUUUGAUUUUGCACUGGACAGUGACGUCAGCCAUAUACAGGACCCACAGGGGUGGUGUCAAAUGCUAUUGAAAUUGUGUUGAAUUGUAUGCUUUUUCACUUUUGAUAAAUAAACAUGUAAAAAUGUUUCAAAAAAUAAUAAAAUAAAUAAAUACA